UUUGAUUCUGAAGUGACACAAGUUGGGGUGAGGGUCUCUGAGUCCAAGAUGGCUGACGUAGUUGAGGCCAAGAUGGCCGACGGGGGAGUGGGGGGCGUCUCCUUUGACUCCGAAGGGAUUGGUGUUGGGGUGGGGGUCUCUGAGUCCAAGAUGGCCGAUGGGGGGGCAGGGGUCGUCUGUGUUGACCCCAAGAUGGCCGACGUUGGGGUCUUGAGAUCCAAGAUGGCCGACGGGAGGUUGGGGGUCUUCUCUUUUGCCUCCAAAGUGAUUAAGGCUGGGGUGGGGGUCUCGGAGUCCAAGAUGGCCGACAUCGGGGUCUUGGAAUCCAAGAUGGCAGACGCUGGAGUGGAUGGGGUUGGAUCCAAGAUGGCCGACUUUGGGGUGGGGGUCGUCUCCUUUGACCUCGAAGUGGUCGACGUUGGGGUGGGGGUCUCUGAGUCCAAGAUGGCCGAUGGGGGCGUGGGGGUCGUGUCCUUUGACCCCAAGAUGGCUGACAUUGGGGUCCUGGAGUCCAAGAUGGCAGACGGGGGGGUGGGGGUCAUCUCUGUUGACCCCAAGAUGGCUGACGUUGGAUCCAAGAUGGCCAAUGGGGGGGUGGGAGUCGUGUCCUUUGACCCCAAGAUGGCUGACAUUGGGGUCCUGGAGUCCAAGAUGGCAGACGGGGGGGUGGGGGUCAUCUGUGUCGACCCCAAGAUGGCCGACGUCGGGGUCUCUGAGUCCAAGAUGGCGGACAUUGGAGUGGAUGGGGUUGGAGCCAAGAUGGCCGACAGGAGGGUGGGUGAAGUUGAGUCCAAGAUGGCCGACGUUGGAUCCAAGAUGGCCGACGGGGGAGGGCAAGUCGUCUCCUUUGACCUCAAAGUGGUCGAUGCUGGGGUGGGGGUCGUGACCUUUGACCCCAACAUGGCCGACGUCGCAGUCUCAGAGUCCAAGGUGGCCGAAGUUGGGGUGGCGGUCAUGACCUUUGACCCCAAGAUGGCUGAGGUUGGAUCCAACAUGGCCACGUCCCGCGACCCCAAAGGUGUUGCGGUGGGGGUCGGGGUCGUGACCUUUGACCCCAAGAUGGCCGACUUUGGGGUGGGGUUCAUUUCCUUUGACCCCAAGAAGGCUGACGGUGUAUCCAAGAUGGCCGUCUCCCUUGACCCCAAAUGUAUUGGGGUCGUGACCUUUGACCCCAAGAUAGCCGACGUUGGCAUCCCAGAAUCCAAGAUGGCGGAUGCUGGGGUCAUCACCUUUGACCCCAAGAUGGCUGACAUUGACGUCACAGCGCUCUCAUUGGCUGACCUCGAACCAAAGAUGGUGGAUGCUGACCCCGCUGCGUUCCCAUUGGCUGAACUUGCUUCCAAGAUGGCUGACGUUGACCCCGCAGCGCUCCCAUUGGCUGGCUCAGACACCAAGAUGGCCGCCGCUCCCACUUCCGGUCCCUCAUUGGCGGCAGUCGGGCCUCCGCCAGCCGGCAGUGACCCCAAAGCGGCGCCCUUUGACCCCAAGAUGGCCGACACCGGGUAGCGUCCCGCCUCCUGAUUGGCUGAGUCCGACCCCCCGCAGCGUCCCGCCUCCUGAUUGGCUGAGGCCGACCCCCCAUCCCAGCGUGAC